AUGGCUCCUGCCCCUCGGCGCAGAAACUUACUUGGCCAUCGCCGUCGCAUCGAGGACGAGGGUGACGAUGACAACCGUCCAGCCAGGCAGGAGGUGGAUGAUGACUCCUUGACGGAUGGUACCGUGGCCACGGACGACCAUGAUGCCGCCGACAGCGACACCAGCAACAUCGAAGACGCCUCUCCCACAGCUGGCACCGUGCUGCAUGCCUUCAACGGCUCCGCCAAAGCACACGCCAAACGCCACCCCAAGGCCACGCUGCCCCCCGUCUCUGCCGGCACGCAGCCUGCAUCUUCCGCGAAAUCAUCCGACGGCCAGCAACAGCCGAACCAGGCACCGGCACAAGCCAGCGAUGCUGUACCAUCACCACCUAAAUCCCCAUCCGCGCCCGUCAUCGUCAGCUCCGCCUCGGCUACGAAACCCGCCGGCAAUGACACAAAUGCCCGUCAUCGCAACGAAAAUGACGAUUACAAGCGCCGCCGAGACCAAGACCCUGCCUUUGUUCCCAACAGAGGCGCAUUCUUCAUGCACGACUCCAGACAGGCCCCAGGAGCCCCCGGCGGCACCUUCCGCCCCUUUGCAGGGCGUGGUAGAGGACGAGGUGCCCGCGGCGGCUUUGCCAGCAAUGGCUACGGCCGCAUCAACCCCAUGUAUCACCCAGCGGAUCCGACAGCGAACUUGCCUUGGACACACGAUAAGCACGAAACCGUAGCUGUUCCCCCGGUUUCCCGACGAGCACGCCAAGUGUCCGUGGACGAAGGACCGCCCAAUGGCAAUGGAUACAUUCCGACCUGUAAGGAGAGCGACACGCCCAUAAACCGAACACUGUCAACGGAGAAGCACAUAGCGAACGUCCAAGUCCGCGUCUCUCUUCCCGGCAUGGAUGAGGCCAUGGUACACUCUGGUAUCCAGAUGAAGCAGUACACGAAACUUCCUGAUCACAGACCGCCACUGCGCAGGGACAAGCCAGUCCGUAUUUCCCUUCCUGAGAGGGCACCGAGGUACAUUUACCCGGCACCGGACCGGUCAUUCACAUUCAUCCCCAGAGCACUUCGCCCGAACCAGCAGCAACGUGCCCGUGGUAAGCCCCGGUCAGGUUUUGGCUCCGUCAGCGGUUUUUCCCGCCGAACCAGCGUCUUUGGUGGCAGCUAUUAUGGCAGCAUGUACUCUCCCAGUAUCAACCUCAGUCGUCGUUCUUCUAUUGUCCACGACAGAGAGUUCAUGUUCUCACCAACUGGGUCCGUCGUUUCUCGAGCACCGUAUGCACCCGACAGGCCCGUGGUUCGUCUUCCUCCUCCUGCGCGCAUGGAUAUGAUGCCAGAUAUGGGCAGCCAAUUUGGACCGCUCAUGCCUAUGCCUAUGCCUAUGGCCAUGCCGAUGCCCAUGCCCAUGUCCAUGCCCAUGUCUAUGCCAGACAUGCCACCACCGGGCAAGAUGGAUGGCACCGCGAUGGACAUGUCGACACCCGCCCUACCCAUGCAUCAGCCACGGCCUCAGAAGAACAUUUCCGUGGCACAUAUCGAAUCGCCCAACAUGCCGCAAGGCGGCCAGACCUUUCAGCAGGCUUUCCAUCAGCAAGUCCCCGUGCAAGUCAGCGGUGGCUAUCAGCACGAUGGCCAUUCAAGGAGGCAGUCGCAGUCCCAGCGGCUGUCUGGUACGCCCCUUUCGCAUAUUCCGGAGCGACCUGCACAUACUGCGCCGUAUCACGCCAACGCGUAUCCUCCGCAAGGUUACUACCAAGGCCAGCCCCAGCCUGUGCAGGUCAGCCAGCAAGGCUACUAUUACUCAGGUGGCUACGCCGGAGGCAGCAUGAACGGACAAGCAAGCGGUUAUCCCUCGAACGCGCCCAGCCCCAUCACGGGCAACUACGCGAUGCAGGGUCAGAUGGAGCAGCAAGCAAGCCAGGCGGGAGGCGCUGCUGGACCAAACAACUUUGUUGCACAAGAGGUCAACGGUAUGGUCUACUAUUAUGACCCUUCACAGAUGCAGCCCCCUACCACCUAUCCUGGGAGCUCCAUGGGUAUGCACGGGAUGAUGACACCCAGCCCUGAUGCCUUUUACUACCCUCAAAGUGGCGCCUACUAUCCACAGUAG